CACGCGGCGCGAUUCGCGCGCUUUUCUGAAUCGAUGUUUUAGUGUUCGAAAUCCGAAGUUUGAAUCGAAGUUUGUCGAUGUUUUUUUUAUCUGUGUAAACUCAGUGUGUGUUCUUUAUUGAGUUGCCAGUAUUUAACGUGAGCAUCGGUAAAGUCGAUCAAUAAUAGUGCGUUAAAGUGAGGUGUCGAAAUGGUGAUGGAAUCGGCGCAACCCACGGGGCGGUUCUGGCCACUGUCACCGCGGCUCUGGAGACGCAGCAGCGAAUAUUCGAAAGUGGUGUUCGAGCCGAGAAAACCUCCUCUUUCGCCUAUCGAAAUACGAAAGCAUCGAAUUGACGAAACCCCAGAUUUGUUGCGAACAAGGCAUUUUAUAAACCGCUUGGAGCAUUUAAAUUUGGACGUAGAUUUAAAAGAAGAGAAGAGAGAAGUAGUCAAGGAAGAAAAAGCAGAUGAAGUUAAGCUCAGGUGUAAGAAGCGGAGGGAGCCAAGGCCUAACAGUCUACAGUUGUUGUUGUGUCCGUCCAGUUCAGGGCAUUAUAGCAGCAAUACGUGGCGGUAUACCAGGGUGCGGUCAAAGAGUCAUGAGCCGGAAGGCGGUGGGCGGUGCGGCGAGGGGCCGCUAGCGCGCGCCAUGCAGCCCGCGUCGCCGAAGCGGCACGCGCCGACGCAGACGCACGGCACAUCCCAAGACCCGUCCACGCUGAAGGUCCACCUGCCCAACGGCGGCUUCAACGUGGUCCGCGCCUCAGCAGACGAGGACGUGCGUUCAGUGAUCAGAUGCCUCGCGGCGAGGCUUGCGGCCGGCGAGCGUGUUUACGCGAGCUGCUUUGCAUUACGGGCGAGGCGGUUGACUACCGGGAAGAUCCGAUGGAUCCACCAAGACACGCCGGUCUCCGAGCUGCUCGCCGCGUGGCCAGCCAGCGAGUGGCGGCUGGAGCUGCGCGUGCGCUACCUGCCCGCCAACCUGCGCGACCUGUGCGACUCGGAUCGUGUCACCUUUCAUUAUUACUAUGACCAGGUGCGACAUGACUACCUCAACGCCAAUCAUCCGAUGGUCGACCACGACUUGGCUAUACAGAUAUGUUGCUUGGAAAUCAAAUACUUCUGCAAGGACAUGCAAAUAUCCAUGGACAAGAAGUCGAAUAUCGAAUAUUUAGAGAAAGAGUUUGGACUGCACAAGUUUGUGCCUAAAUCCGUGCUGGACGCUAUCAAACCGAAGGUGCUUAAGAAGUCCAUACAACAGCAGUUUAAAAAGGUGGUCGGCCACCUGAGCGACGCGGACUGCAUGCUGAAGUACGUGGAGACGAUGCACACGCACUACGGGUACGAUAGAGAGACUUUUACGGCGGCGCUCGGCUCCGGGUGGGCGAUACCCGUCGAGCUUGCUAUCGGGCCCGAUAUCGAUAUAUCAUACGUAUCGCACAAAGCGGGCGAGCCGCCGACGUACACCAAAAUAGCGUCGUUCAGCGACAUCAUCGCCGUGCAAACGCUCAAGUCCAACUGCACACAACAGUCUCAGACGCAGAGUGGAUCAUCAUGCGGUAAAGCUGCGUUACAGUUACGAGUUAAAGGUGCAAGUGAAACGCUAACUAUCACGUGCAGUAGUGUUGAUGCUGCAGAAAGCUUAGCGGAUCUAGUCGAUGGUUAUUGCCGACUCGUCACUGACUCGCAGACAUCACUGUGGAACAGAACCACUGAAAUGAGCAGCAGUUCCUCGGAAGGGAAGACGAGCUCUUGGGAAGGAAAUACAGCCACUAUACUGUCUGAGGAUUACGCUGAGAUCGUUGACGAUGACGCUGACUAUUCAACUCCGGCUGUUCGUGACUACGAGUUGGUUCGUAAUCAGAUUGAAUUAACCGGAAUAAUUGGCGAGGGGCAAUUUGGUGACGUUCAUAAAGGUACAUGCAAAGUGACAUCAGCCAACCACCCGUCCCUGCGCCGUCAACUCGCGAUACAAAAGCAACAAGGGAAAACUCCCGCGGGGGAAUAUGUAUUGCCCGUAGCGGUGAAAACUUGCAAGAUGGACGCCGAUUUGGACACCGCUGAGAAAUUUCUGGAAGAGGCUUAUAUAAUGCAGCAGUUCUCACACCCGCAUAUAAUCGGUCUAGUGGGAGUGUGUAGCGCGCCGCCGAUAUGGAUUGUGAUGGAACUGGCCACUUUGGGAGAAAUGAGGGCGUAUUUACAGCAGAAUUCUCAUAGAUUAGAAACAUGCACGCUAGUGUUAUACAUCUACCAGUUAUCGACCGCGCUCAGCUAUUUGGAGAGCAAGAAGUUCGUGCACAGAGACAUCGCCGCGAGAAACGUACUAGUCUCCACUCCUACUUGUGUUAAGUUAGCGGAUUUCGGCCUAUCAAAGAUGGUAGAAGAUAAAUCAUACUAUAAAGCGUCGCGCGGGAAACUGCCCAUAAAGUGGAUGGCACCAGAGUCUAUUAAUUUUAGACGAUUUACAUCCGCUUCGGAUGUUUGGAUGUUUGGCGUGUGCAUGUGGGAAAUCCUCAUGCUGGGCGUCAAACCGUUCAGCGGCGUUAAAAACAACGACGUUAUAGGCAAGCUCGAGAACGGGGAACGGUUAGCGUUACCGCCCCGUUGUCCGCCGCGCCUGUACUCGUUGAUGUCCCGGUGUUGGGCGUACGAGCCCUCGCACCGGCCCACCGCUUCGCAUCUAAAGGAGACGCUCUUCGAGAUCCUGCAAGAGGAGCGCAGCACGGCGUGGGACACGAUGCGGCGCGAGAACCGGCGCGUGGCCGCCGCCUCCUGGGGCGACCAGCCGCCGCCCAAACCCACGCGACCCGCUAACAACCUCACACCGGCGGAAUCAUCGACCCCGGGCGGACCGCAGACUUACAUAGUGGCGCAGAACCCGCUCGUACUCGCCCACCUGCUGCGUGAGAACCAAGCCCGACCGCUACACCCGCAGGCCUACAACACACCCGCAUCGGUAUUCAACACGGUCGCCGUGGACUUCGCGCAAACUCUACCGGAGAACGAACUCGAAAAGAUCGCGAACCCGAAGCCGGACGAGGUCAUCGAUAUACCGCUGCACACGGCACCCAUCCCCGCGGGGACCCUGCACCGGCUCGACCCGGUGGCCCCCGAGGCCCCCGCACACCCUGUAGGACCCCCAGGGUCGCCCCCCGGGGGUACUCUAGCGGGGCGCGUGGAACAGCCCCAAAGUUGUGAUAAUCUAUGCGGGGCCCCUGAGUACCCCAGCCGUGUGCGCUCGCUAGAACGUGCCCCGCGCCCUGAACGUGCCCCAGCCCGUAUGGGUUCGUUGGAACGCGCCCUCCGCCCCGCCCCCUCCCCUGUCCCUAUCGCGCCCUUCACUCGACAACACUCAGUCCCCGCCUCCCCACCCCGUAACCGCCGCGAACAAGAUAUAGGCCAGUUCGCAGUUCAAGGCGCUUUAAACGCACAACUUGCAGCGAGUGUAGUUAAUAAAAUGCGCCAACAACCCGAUCCACCUCUUGUAGAGGAAAUAUAUGACUUCGGUGGAGAUAACGUUAAGAGUUGCGCGGCGAUCGCAGCUCACAAAGCCGGUUUGAAACCGCAGUAUCGUGCCAUUUCUAACAUGGUCGCUUCCCACCCGUCUUCUUACGGCGUUCCAGUUGGUGUAGUGCAGGGUGUGCCGUAUCAAAGUCCAAAGCCAGGGCAGGCGAAAUCCAGUCCAAUUCGAGUGGCAGGUCCCCAGCAGGCGUCGGCAGGCCCCCAGCAGGUGUUGGCGGGCCCCCAGCAGGCCUCCGGCGGGUCGCAGCUGCACGGGUCCGCGCAGCCGGUGCUGUACCGGCCGCAGGUGGGCAGCUCGCAGGCGGCCUGCACUGCGGGCUCGGCGGGCCCUGCAAGGCCCCAGCUUGCUACACACAGCGCGGGCCCUACAAGACCCCAGCCCCCUACACACGGCGCAAUGGACUGCGACAUGGCGCAGAGUCCAGAAUUCGAUACGGAGCAAGCGGUUGAAAGGCGGCUUCUGGCUGAACUAGCGAGACAGCAACAUCAGAGCGAAGAGGAUAGACGAUGGUUGCAAAUGCAAGAGGAUAAUUUGAAGCGGCUCUCAAACGUGCAGCUAACAACGUCGAGCACGGAGGAGUCGGGCGAGAACAAGGGCGAAGCGCCCGCUACACAUGAUAAACCUUCUAGUCAAACACAUUCAGUGACAAAUUCAACAGAAACCAGUCCAGCGAAUACAGUGAAACCCAAAGAAAAACCGCCCAGUGAAGAGAAAAGCACUCCAAGUUCAUCAACCACGAACAAAGAGCCAGUAUACGUAGCCACUACCGAAGUGGUGCGCUGUGUUAUGCGUCUCGCUGGUGGGGCACACGCUGCCUCUGGGGCAAAUGGGGCAAACUCCGGGGCAAAUGGGGCGAAUGGGGCAGGUGGGGCAGGCCCGGAUGGGAUAUUGCGUGCCGUGAGAGCAGUUGGUGCGGCCUUGAGGCAUUUAUGUGCGACUGUGGAUAGACUGGUGCCAGCUUACCCGCCGUCUGCGCAGAGGGAGGUGGAGAUGGCCCACCAGGUGCUGAGCAAGGACAUGUCGUCGCUGGUGGAGGCCAUGCGGCUCGCCAUACACUACCACACCACCACGCUGCACCACGAGUACACCAAAAGCAUGCUAGCAGCCGCGCACGUGCUCGCAAUGGACGCGAAAAACCUUCUCGACGUCGUGGACUGCAUCCGCGAACGACAUCCACACAUUGAUUGGAGAUCCGCCCUACUAUCCCCCCCUCCCUCCCCCAUCCCACACGACCCCCCGCACACCCACGACCCCCCACAACCCCCUACCCCCCAAGAGGAACCCCCCAAACCGGACUUCAAGAUCAACCAACCAGUAACUACAAGCGCAACGGUGCUAGACCAUCCAAAAGAACACAACAGCCUUCCAAUCACGUCCAACCGCGUUUCUACCCUCAUACAUAAUUAUAAUUUGUACGGAAAUGUUCGAGAACCGCACAUAUAUGGGAACGAAGGCGCCUUCCAACAUUCUCAGUCAGUAGAUGACUCGAAGAUCGAUACAGCCCCCAUAGAGUCAGUGAAGAGUCGUGUUCAAGCGAUUUCUGGAAAGAUCGAUCCGCCCCCCAUAUAUUCGAUCAGCAAAAAGAAUUCCAUAGAUCAAUCUAUGAGCCACAGCGAUCAAGGUUGAUGCGUUCGCUUGUAGUGUAGUUUCAGCCGGGCUAUGAUAGUUCCAAAAAUGGAUGCAUUUAAUUUUCCUUUUUGACGUACGCAAUGCCGCUUAGUAGAAAGCUUAAAAGACAUAAAAAGCUCAAUAUUGUUUGUAGAUUAGAAAGGUCUAGAAUUCACCCCCGUUAUGUCGUUUUUUUUUUAAUAUCUGUGUCUAUUUAUCAUAGAUUAUAUUAUACAUAACCACAUCGCGUAAACCUAACCUCUUUUGCAUUUGUAGUCUGUGUAAUUUUUUUUAACUCACGUUCCAUUUUCCCGCCAUUUCACGGGUAUACGCGAUUUGUAAUUUCUAGAUACAUGUAACGUUUACAUAUCAUCGGCAUUGUUGCGCUUAAAAUUCUAUCAUCGUGUUGCUUGUCGUAAAAAUUAUAACAUAUAUCUAUUUAUUCACACAUUAUUGUAUAUGUUUUCAAUCUACACUUGGAAAAAUCUUCGCUUUGUUGAUGGAAAUUACACCUAAACACAUUCCUUACGCACCUUGAUUUAUAUAAUUAUAAAUUGAUAUAUUUUUGCAUAUUUGUAUUCGUUUAUUGUCAACCGAACAGUGUAUACAACUAAAUCUUCCGUGGCAAACAAUAAUUUUAUAUAAAUUGUUUAACGUUUAUCGUAAAGUAUUAUUUGUAGUCGUGAAUGUAUUAACGCUAGUGAAUGUGUAUAUUUUAUUAUUAUUAUUAAGGUCUAUACAGUGUCACAAUGUCGCAUUUACAUCUGUAACUCAGUAUUCGACUCGAGCUAACAAUAAUUUCUUUGUAAAAAUGUACAAAUCAUAACAAUUGUCCAUAAUUAUUUUAAUUCUUAUCCAAAGUUUUAUUAUAAGCUAAGAUCUCAUGCGGAAUUUGUAGCGAUAUAGAGCGUUUAAGUUGUGUAAUUAGUGCAGAUUUUUUAUUUAUUGAUAAAUCUUUCGAUUUUUAUGUAAAGUUGUUUUUUUAACGCGUUUAGUUCUUAACAGGAUGUCAUUCCAAAGUACGAUACUAUAGGCAGUAAGAUAGUGAAAUGCAAUAGGCGGUAGAGAGGCUGCCCGAGAUUACUUCACGAAUAUAUUCCUUGACUGGGUUUUGUUUAUGCAUUAACUGAAUAAAGGACAAACCGUAUA